UUGGACACAACGGAUGGAUUUGGACUUGGGUGCAGUUUACAGUUCAGUACGAGUAAAAGCAAAGGAGUAAGCAAAGUCUGUCUAGCUAGUCUAGUUUAGUCUAUCUGGAAGAGGUGGUCGAAGCGAGCGAGCUAGUAGCUCGAAGCUGUAGGAUAUCAUAGAGACGAGCCAACAACAGAACAGUUUCUUUACGAUGGAACAACAACGACUUGGAAAGGAUUACCUGGCAAUCACGUCUCUUCUCGCGGAACUCCAACAGCAAUCCACGAAAUUCAACACCAAAAUAAAACGUCUGCGGGAUGCCACGGUUCCAGCGUGCGACGGAUUGGAGACAACAUGGCAAGAGCAGACGCAAAUCACCCAAAUGGAACAACAGCAUAAGAUUCACAAUACCAACCAAAAAAGACGGACCCGAGAUUCGUCUUCGCGGGAAGAACCACAAUCCCGCGCCAAAAGACCAAGGAAUUUCUUCACAUUGGAUACCAAAGGGAUACUGGACAAUGCUGCUGAAGUUGCGAAUGAAGCUACAGAUAGUAAUUGAUUUAUUCCUCCAAAAGGGACCUCCAAAAAGCAAGGGAUAGAUAAGUGUAGCAAAGUCUAAGGCCGGUACUAUCUAGCUAGCUAGCUGGGCUGACUUCUCAAUGUGGUUGAAUUUAGGGGAUUUCAGGACGAUUGGACGUGUAGAAACUAGCUUGAGGGGUGUCAUAUUUCAUCGGCUAUUCGUACAUAUUGCUCUUUACUAUUUUAAAAUUUGUACAACUAAUAAAGGUGGC